AUGAUUUUCUUCCUAUUUGUGAGCGAUUUUCAUUACCCAGCGAACAAUUGUUCUUUUAGAAGUAAUGGUCAACAAGGAAUUAUUAAAUAUUAUAUUGACCAGAAACAUGUAUCUAAUUUUUCCGAAUAUUUCAACAAGGGUCCACCAAGCAGUAAAUGGCAAAUAUUGACGGGUUCUUUUUGUCCAAAAAAAACAGGAACUUACACAAUUAUUGGUCUUGUUUAUGCAAAUAUAAGAGCACAAUUCAAUUUUUCGGAUGUUUACGCAAAAGAUGGAAGAUCUGGUUUUAAUACAUAUACUAAAAAGUACUUAGAUCAGUAUUUAUAUGCGAAUAGAUGUUAUCCAUUGAUGAUAGCAGGAAAUGUUGGAGCUGGUCACCCUCCUCAAGUUCAGGCAACAAUUGAUAAUUAUGAUGAUAUCAUUGAUACUUCAAAUAGUGUUUUAAUUGAUUGUAUGACAGAUGAUUGUUUACCAGGAUAUUAUACAGAUACAUGUUCUCAAGUAAGUGAUUCGUAUUGUAACGAGAAUGGAAUUCCAGAAUAUGGAAGAGACUCAGAUGGACUCGGCUGUUACUGUGAUAGUUUCACCGACAACAUGUUUUGUGAAGAUACAUCAAAGUACUAUUUUGAUGAAGGAAAACGAGGAAUUUCUUAUAUCUCAAAAUACACAGAUAGUUUCAUAUCGAAUAGAACAGUUUUAUCUAACUUUGAUGAUAUAGAAAUGAGUGAAUCAUAUACAACUGUUACAUUAGAGUCGGUUUUGUAUGUGCCACAGAAUACAUAUUUGCAGUUCUUGUUGCAGUCUAAGCCAUUCAGCAGUCUAUAUAUCGAUGGCGAACUCGUUUCAGGAAGUUCUCUGUCUGAUCAAUACUCUUGUGAUGAAACACCAGAUGAGACAUAUCUCGAGAGUCCGAAGACAUAUUUCACUCGAGGUAAUCACAACAUCAAGAUCGUGAUGCUUCCAGGAUGUGCAAUCCAUGACCAAACGAUCGACCUCAAGUGGAAAUUCUAUCGCCUUCACAGGAACGCAGAUCCUGAUUCAUUUGACUAUGAAUCAAUUCCCGAAAGAUAUCUUGGAAUCCCUCAAUAA